AUGAAAACGCUCUACGGCAUUACGGUAGCCAGGAACGAAGGUCUCCCCGAUAAGGAGAAGAAAGCUCUAAUCGAGUUGGAGCAAUUCAUGACUGGGCUCUUCAAGAUCUCACAUAUUUCCACUCAAAGAUCCAGCAAGAAUGCGGACAAGGAAAUAUUCACUAAAUGUGUUUCUCAGGACACCCCUUCCAAGUUAUACCUUCGUGACUCAGCGCACGUCAUGCAGGGAACAGUAUUGUCUAAGUGCAUUCAAGAAACUCGCCGUCUCGACAAAACUACGCAGAAAAAAGCUCUCAGAAGUGGACCGAGUACUCAACCAAGAACAACGCCUUGUGAAAAUCCAAAAUGGUGCAAAUGUAACCUCGUUUACGCAUCGAUGAUCGAGACGCCAACUGCAAAAUGGAGGUCAAAAAAUGCUUGUGAUUAUGUGUGA